UUCUCGCAGCAACGGCAGACCAUGCGGACGCACUGCUUUGCCCCGCUGGUGUUCGCACUGGCGGGACUGUCGCUCCAGCUCCAAGCGACACCCAAGAACUAUGACCUGGACUUCGAAAGCGUCGAGUCGAUUUACGACAAGAACUAUUUUAGUCCGCGGUCGGGGGUUUUCAUGCGUCCGCUGAACCGUACUGACAAGACGUCACCGCGUUCGGAGAUCUCGUCCGUCAUCGAUAUCAUCCAACCGCUGCCCAACGACACCCUCGUCGUGGGCCGCCUUUUUGAGCUGUACGAGAAGAAGUACAUCCAAAGCUUCAUUCGAUACGAAACCCCGGUUUGUGAUUACUUGCGCUUCGGAAGGAGGCCCGUCUUCAACGUAUUCAAGACAUACUUCCAAUUCCCUGCCUCUUGUCCGAUUCAAAACUAUGACGUGGACGUCGAAAACGUCGAGUCGACGUUGAACCCGAGCCAUUUUAGUGAGCAGUCAGGCAUGUUCUUGCGCACGUUGAACACCACCGAUGGGCAGCAGCGUUCGGAGCUCUCUGCUGUCAUGGAUAUCAUCAAACCGCUGCCCAACGACACUCUCCUUGAUGUCAGUCUCUUUGAGCUUCUUGGGAAAAGGUACAUCCAGAGCUUUGUCAAGUACCAAAUCCUGUUUUGUGACUACUUGCGUCACGAGAAGAGGCCUAUAUACAGCGGACUCAAGACGUACUACCAUUUCCCUCCCUCUUGUCCGGUUCAAGCGUACCAGCGGCCCAAGUCCGCCAUCGUCCAGGUGGCGCAAAUCGCGGCCGUCACCGUGGUGCUCGUCUCCCUCAUCCUGGGCUCCUUCAUGUUCGCCGCGGCCUACGUGCAGUCCAACUCGGUGUGCCAGGACGCCUACAACGAGCUGGAGGGCCGCAUGAACCAGUUGCUGGAGGAGCGCGCCGCGCUGGGCCCGCAGUCCCAGGCGCUGGUGGGCGAUCUCCAGGGCGACGACCAGGACGCGGACCAGCAGCCGCUGUCCGCGUCGCAGCACGCCAAGCGCGAGGAGCCCCGCCAGGACAAGGAGAGCGCCAAGGACAGCGACAAGGACGACGAUGACCAGGAGAACUCCGUCGACCCGCCCAUCCACCUCAAGCUGCCCCUGCAGCUGGACUUCGACGAGCUGGCCGGCGCCCUGAUGGAGCGCAACCAGCGUUCGCGCAUGAACUGCGUGGUGGAGAAGCGUCGCGCCGAGGAGGUGGUGGACCACCAGCCCCGCACCGUCCGCCUGCCCUUCGGCCUCAACCUCACCACGGACCCGCGCUACGAGCACGUCUCCGGCGAGCGCAUGGCCAUCUUCUGCGAGAGCGGAAACGACCAACGACACGUCCCCAUGGAGCAGAUGGCCGGCCCCAUCGUGCAGCAGCAGCAGGGACCCAUGCCGUUCUCGCAGCAGCAGCUGCAGCAGCAGAUGCAGCGCCAGCACGAGCAGCAGAUGCAGCAGCAGCACCAGCAGCAGAUGCAGCAGCAACUGCAGCAGCAGAUCCAGAUGCACCUGCAGCAGCUGCACCAGCAUCAGAUGCAGCGCCAGCACGAGCAGCAGAUGCAACAGCAGCAGCCGCCUCAGCACUUCCAGCAGCAGAUGCCCAUCCAGGUCCUGCCCAUGAGCCACGCCGAGGCCCGAGGCUUCCAGCAGAACACCCCACUCGUAGCCUUGCACGCCCCCCAGGCUGGGCCGCAGCCCCAGUCUCCGCUUCAGCCGCUUCAGCUUGUGCCCGUGCAGGCCGUGCAGGCCGGCCAGCAGCCCCGGCAGGGCAGGCUCUUCAGCCCCGCACCCGCUUCAGCCCCCCAGCCCCGCGGCCGUGGCUUCCAGGGACAAGGCAUUCCCCUGGAGUUCCGCGGCGUGCCGAUGCAGGCCGCCCUCACGGUGGAGGUGGAGGGCCGCGACGGCCCCGUCGAGGUGGAGGGACGCUCGCUGACGCCGCAGCAGCUGCACCAGCUCGAGCAGCUCCACCAGCUGCAGCAGCUGCAGCCCCAGGACGGCGUGCUGCCCAUCGAGGUCAUCGAGGCGCGCGCCUUCCAGCACCCCCAGGACAUGCAGCCCCGUGAGAUGCAGCCCCAGGACAUGCAGCCCCAGCAGGGCCCCGGCGCCCCCAUGCCCGCCGACUCGCUGCGCCCGCCCUACCAGCGCGCCCCCAUGGCGCCAAUCCACGCCGUGCCGCCGCAGGAGGAGGAACCGCGCCCUCACUACGUGCAGCCCCGGUCCGUGCGCAGCCCCCGCAGCGUGGACGCCCUGCUCCACCGCGAGAAGCGCGUCCGCCGCUGCGCCUGCGACUGCAACUGCUAGGUUGCUUGGCAACCGAGUGAUCCGGUUGCCAGGCAACUACGGUCCCCAGGCAACCCGUGAUAGCGCGCUGGCCGCUCAGAGCGCGGUCCAGCCAAGAGCGCAUAGUAGAGGCCCGGUCUGCGCGCGAGUCGACCGACCGCCAAACGACGCCUUACCCACCUGACGGACAUGCCAGCAAACAAAUGACACUCCGGAACGACACACUGUAAUUCGACGAAUGUGACGGCCUUUUCGAAAUAGCAUGUGAAUUGUAUCACGUUCGUUGGAAUGCUGAACCUCGUUCAAACGAAUGUUACAUCGUAUUUAAAUGAACGGGACAAAAUCCACAUCCGAACGAGCUUGACGUGACGUUCGUGCAGAAACAGUGUGGUUUUUUGUAGUGACCGCUUAGUUUUGCGGCUAUGGCCGCACGUGCAGCUGUUCGAAACCAUGAAUUCAAUGCAGUUACCACCGUCCUGUUGCUGCCAAAUGACGUUUGAGUCGUGCUGGUAGCGGUGAAGUGUUUGGCCAAAUCUUGUGAUGAGAUCAGUGAUAACUUGAGAUAAAAGUCAGUCAAUAAAGAGUCUGGAAAAAGAAAGUGAUCUUGUUCAAAUUUGAUAGAAUGUUCACACUGUCUUUUGUGCGUCUCGGUAUCCAAACAUGCUUUUCUCCUGUUCGCAGAAUGUUUUUAUUUGUUUUUGAGUUUUAUAUGUCUUCUUUUUUUACAUCUGAGUCUGUUGAACAUAAUGUACAUAUUGUAAAGAUAGUGUGUGAGGGUAAAAGAAAACAUUGGAUCCGAACUGCACAGUAGUUUUAUUGUGGACAAUAAAUAAUUUUUUCUA